AUGCAAAAAAUAAAUGUUUACCAAAUUGACUCCGUGUGGGGUUGGGCUUCGCCCCCGCUGCGUUUGCAGCUGGGUAACACGCGUGGACACAAAAGGAUGGGCGAGGGCGGGUCGCCGGGCGGUGGCGGCGGCGCGCGGCUGUCGCACACCUCGGAGAAGCACCCGCGCGCCAUCCUUGGGGAGCUCUCCGCUCUACGACGCCAUCGCGAGCUCUGUGAUGUCGUCCUCAAUGUUGCUAAUCGUAAAUUAUUUGCACACAGAGUCAUACUAUCAGCAUGCAGUCCAUAUUUUCGAGCAAUGUUCACUGGUGAGCUAGCAGAGUCGAGAGCUACCGAGGUGACGAUUCGAGAUGUGGACGAGCAGGCUAUGGAACAACUAGUCGAGUUUUGUUACACAGCCCAUAUCGUUGUUGAAGAGAGCAAUGUACAGGCUUUACUGCCAGCAGCGUGUCUUCUCCAGUUGCAAGAGAUUCAGGAUGUAUGCUGUGAAUUCCUUAAGAGACAGCUUGACUGCUCCAAUUGCCUCGGAAUCCGUGCCUUCGCCGACACACACUCUUGCCGAGAACUCCUUCGCAUUGCCGAUAAGUUCACACAACAGAAUUUCCCAGAGGUAAUGGAGAGCGAGGAGUUUCUGCUGCUACCUGCGGCACAGUUGAUCGACAUUGUGUCGUCGGACGAGCUGAACGUGAGGUCCGAGGAGCAAACAUUCCAGGCUGUGAUGUCUUGGGUGAAGUACAACGUGGCCGAGAGGCGGCAGCACUUGGCGCAGGUGUUGCAGCACGUGCGGCUGCCGCUGCUGAGCCCCAAGUUCCUGGUGGGCACCGUCUCCUCGGAGCUGCUCAUCCGCUCGGACGACGCGUGCCGCGACCUGCUCGACGAGGCCAAGAACUACCUGCUGCUGCCGCAGGAGCGCCCGCUCAUGCAGGGCCCACGCACGCGGGCGCGCAAGCCGUGCCGGCGCGGCGAGGUGCUGUUCGCGGUGGGCGGCUGGUGCUCGGGCGACGCCAUCGCCUCCGUGGAGCGCUUCGAGCCGCAGACGGGCGAGUGGAAGAUGGUGGCGCCCAUGUCCAAGCGCCGCUGCGGCGUGGGCGUGGCCGUGCUGCACGACCUGCUCUACGCCGUGGGCGGCCACGACGGCCAGAGCUACCUCAACAGCAUCGAGCGCUACGACCCCCAGACCAACCAGUGGUGCGGCGCGGUGGCGCCCACGUCGUCGUGCCGCACGUCGGUGGGCGUGGCCGUGCUGGAGGGCGCGCUCUACGCCGUAGGCGGCCAGGACGGCGUGCAGUGCCUCAACCACGUAGAGCGCUACGACCCCAAGGAGAACCGCUGGACAAAGGUGGCGUCGAUGACGACGCGGCGGCUGGGCGUGGCGGUGGCGGUGCUGGGCGGGCACCUGUACGCGGUGGGCGGCUCCGACGGGCAGGCGCCGCUCAACUCGGUGGAGCGCUACGAGCCGCGCGCCAACAAGUGGACGCCCGUAGCGGCCAUGUCUACGCGCCGCAAGCACCUCGGCUGCGCGGUCUACGACGGCCAGAUCUACGCGGUGGGCGGCCGCGACGACUGCACCGAGCUCUCCUCCGCCGAGAGGUACGAGCCCGCCACUGACACGUGGUCGCCGGUGGUGGCGAUGACGUCACGGCGUAGCGGCGUGGGCCUCGCCGUGGUCAACGGGCAGCUCUACGCCGUAGGCGGCUUCGACGGCACCGCCUACCUCAAGUCCAUCGAGGUGUUCGACCCGGAGUCGAACCAGUGGCGGCUCUGCGGCGCCAUGAACUACCGGCGGCUGGGCGGCGGCGUGGGCGUCAUGCGCGCGCCCCACCACGACGCCCACUACAUAUGGAACCGCAAAGACUCCGUGGUG